AAAUCAUAUCAAUACAACAACAACAGUGAUUCCCAAUCUAAUGAUGAUGUUCAAUUCAUCAACAUCCGAUACAAAUGUAUAUUUAAGUAAAGAAAAUGUUGAUUUUGGUUGGUCACAACAGAUAGAAAAUCCAUCGAUCAAAACAUCAAAACGUAAUGAUUUAUCUGAUUCGAUCGAUAUCGAUCUAGAUGGUCUUGAUCCUAUCAAUAGUGAUGAUUUAACUGUUAAUAUCGAUGAUGAUGAUGAUGAUAUAAUGGUUAUUGUUGAUAGUGAUGAUGUGCCUAAAUUUGAAUCAUCAUCAUCAUCAUCAUCAAAUCAACCGAUUCGUCGACAGGUAAAAUCAUCAUCCGAAGAAGAUUUUGAUGAUGAUAAUGGACAAAAUCAACAACAUCAACAACAACAGCAACAUUCAUUUAUAAAUGAUAAUGUUGAUUAUGUAAUGCAUAGUCCACGAACAGUACAAACAAAAUAUGGUGCAUUACAAGGUAUUGUCAUUACAUUUGUUCGUUACAAUGAUGAUGACGAUGAUAGUGAUAAUGAAAAAUCUACAAGUACUUCUUCCACAUCAUCACCGUCAGCCAAUCAAAAUCACAAUAAUUCAUCAUCAUCUUCAUCGAUACCAACACCAAUUAUAACAUUAACACCAGUUGAAGCCUUUCUAGGCGUACCAUAUGCUACACCACCAUCAGGUAAUUUACGUUUUAUGCCACCAGUAGCACCUGUUCAUUGGCGUGGUGUACGUCAAGCUAAUCAUCUAUCACCAGUCUGUCCACAAUCAUUACCAUUUUCAUCAAUGAAUUUAUCAUCAUCAUCAACAAUCGAUUCAUCUGAGCUUCAACAAAAAUUACAUAUUUCACCACGUCAUUAUGAACGUCUACAAAGACAGAUUCCAUUUUUAAGUAAUCAAAGUGAAGAUUGUCUUUAUCUAAAUAUUUAUGUCCCUACUGGAAAUCAGAAUGGUAAAAAUCAACAACAACAGCAACGUUAUCCAGUGAUUGUAUUCAUUUCGGGUGAAUCAUAUCAAACCGGUACCGGUAAUUCAUUUGAUGCAUCAAUUUGGUCAAGCUAUGGAAAUGUUAUUGUUGUUACAUUAAAUUAUCGUCUUGGUGUACUUGGAUUCUUACCAGCUUUAGUUGAUGGUACAAUUCGUGGAAAUUAUGGUUUAAUGGAUCAAGUAGCUGCAUUACAUUGGAUACAGGAAAAUAUUGCUGAAUUUGGUGGUGAACCAACAAAUGUUACCCUAAUAGGACAUGGUUUUGGUGCCUCUUGUGUACAUCUAUUAAUGUUAUCACCAAUGGCUAAAGGUCUAUUCAAUCGAGUUGCUUUAUUAAGUGGAUCGGCAUUAGCACCAUCUGCAAUUGCUCGUGAAUCCGAAAACAAUGCACGAUUAUUGGCCAAACAAUUGAAUUGUCCAGUCUAUGAUAAUACUCAAUCGGUCGAUUGUUUGAAAAGGAAAUCAUUCGAUGAGAUUCUUAAAGCAAUGGAUCACAUUCACAUAUCACGUUAUCUUUCACCAUUUGGUCCAAUAAUCGAUGGUAUUGUUGUUGUUGAAGAACCACGUAUAAUGAUGGAAUCUAUGGUUUAUGGACCAUUAUCAUCAUCAUCAUCAUCAUCGAAAAUUGCCUCAUCAUCAUCAUCAUCAAAUUAUGUUUUUCUCAAGAAUAGUGCCUCAUCUUCAUCAAUUUCAUCGGAUUUAUUUGCUGCCAAUCAUUAUCAUGGUGAUAUAUUAUUUGGUGUUACAAGAGUACAAUGUCCAUUAGAUGUGUUUACUGGUUAUGAAGAACGUUAUGGAAUUAAUGUUGAACGUCGAAAUCAGAUUCUAAGAACUUUAAUACGUAAUCUUUUUGAUUUUCAUCAGCAGACUAUUUUCUGGACAUUGAUUAAUGAAUACACUGAUUGGAGUCGACCAAGUGAACAUCCUAUUAAUCUAUUGGAUUCUACUAUUGAUAUAUUGGGCCAUUCAUUGGUUCUUGCUCCAUUAAUUGAAACCGUUGAGCUUUAUGCCAAAUCAAUGCCUGAUCGUUUUCCAUAUAAUACAAAAAACAACAAAGAUGCUACAUUCGAUUUUGCAUAUCAUUCACAUGACCAUCAUCAACAACAGGAUUCAAAAUCCGGAAAGAUUUUUUUCUAUGUUUUUCAAAAUAAUCCAAAAUCAAUAUCAUUCGAAUCUUUAUCAUCAACUUCAUCAUCAUUUUUAGGAUCUAUUGAUGGUAUAUCAAUGAUGACAAGCGGUCAAUUACAAUCAAUUGAUCAACGACUUGGAUCAAUGCUUAAUGAUGAAUUGGAUUAUAUGUUUGGUGCACCAAUUGCUCAACACGUAACUGGUCAUUCGAUCGGACAUUUUCAAAAUAAUUGGAACGUAUCCGAUAUAAAUGGCCGUCGACAAGAUCUAUUCGAUAAUAAUAUAAUGGCUAAUAAUAAUGAUAAUUUGUUAUCAACAACGACAGCUGUUAUAGCCGAACAAAUUCAUCUUAGCCAAAUGAUGAUAACAUAUUUCAGUAAUUUUGCUAAAUAUGGGAAUCCAAACCAUCCUGGUGAUUCUGAUAUUAAUAAUAAUAAUAAUAAUAAUAAUAAUAAUAUUCUUCAUAAUCAUCAUCAUAGCACUAAUAAUAAUUUGGAAGAUUCUUCACCAUCAUUAUCAUCAUCAUCGUCUUCGUCGAUAAGAAAUGAAAAUAAUAAUAAUAAUAAUAAUAAAUUCCGGACAUCAUCAACCAUACAACCAUAUCUUCUUAAUUGGCCUCAAUAUACCGUUGGUCAACAACGUUUUUUACUUUUAGGAUCCAAACCACGUUUACGUGAUCAUUAUCAAUCGCAUCGUUUAAGCUAUUGGCUUAAUUUGAUACCACAUCUAUUACAAGAUCAAUAUCGUCAUUUACUUAAUCGAAAACAAUAUACGGGAAUCGCUACCACUAACAACAACAAUAACAACAAUCAUCAUAUGCAUGUUCAUCAUUCUGAUCAAGAUAUUAGUAUAAUUCCCGAUUCAUUAGAUUUAGAUAUGGAUUCAGAAUUUGGUUCACAGGAUAAUAUUGGACUACGUUAUAUUCGUCAUCAUUUAUUGGAUAAUUUUGAUGAUCCAAAUUCCUAUGAUGGUCAUGUUCGUCAAUUAACAUUAGAACAUAAUAUUCAUGGUAAAAAUGGUCAACAAUUAAAUUCUGUUGGUGGAACUGGUGUUCAAUCUACAAUGAAAAAAUUUCCCGGUAAUUGGCUUCGUAGUUCACCAGGAUCAUUAUUUCGUAUGAAUGCCGAUCAGUCUUCCAAUGAUAGUGAUUUUUCAUUUGUUGAUGGACAAUUUCAAAUGAAAAGUGCUUCUGGACAGCAACAUACAGCUUUUAAAGAUAAUUUACAACAACCAGAUAUUGAUGAUAAUACGACUACAACAAGUAAACGUCAUAGUAGUGGUGGUGAUUCAGGAACUGAUAAUAGUCAUAAUCUUCUUCAAGCAACAAUUGCUGUUGGUUGUUCAUUGUUAGCAUUGAAUUUACUUGUAUUUGCUGGUGUUUACUAUAAUCUUCAAAGACAAAAUAAUUCUACUUCUGUAUCAUCGACACAGGAUUCAAUUGUAGAUUCAACAAGUUGUACGAAAUUUAUUCCUGCUAACAAAAUGGAUGAUUCAAUCAGGAGUGGUGGUGUUGGUCAUCAUUCAUCUCACAAUCAGCCUCACCAUCAUCAUCAUCAUCAACAACAACAACAACAAUCUACUUGUUUUUCUAAUCCAAUGGGAAUGUUAUGUGCAAAUAAUUCAAAUUAUUAUGGCAAUAAUGUUAAUACAGUUUCAGAAAAUUUAAUCGAUUCAAAUACAGGUGCACAACAUAUUAUUCAUCAUGUACAUUAUGCUGAUCAACAAAUAUCAACAGCCGAAUCAUCACUGAAUAAUGAUAUUCAUUCACAUCAUCAUCAUAUUACACAACAACCACAACAACAAUCAUGUCCAGUUAUGGAAACAUCUGAUAUGAUAAAUUGUUCGCUAUUAAAUGAUCAUCAUGGAUCUAUUUGUCAAUCACCAGCAUCUAAUCAUCAACAACAACAUCAUCAUCAUCUUCAAACGCAGCCAGAACAUGCUCAAUAUUUUCCAUUACAUAGUUUUUCAUCAUCUAGCGGUGGUGGUGGUAUAGGAAGUGGAACAGCAAGUAAUCCAAGUAAUACAACCGAUACAACUGAUACCGAUCCAUCUUCAUUACAACAAUCAAUUUCAUCAUCAUCAAAACAGAAUUCUUCCAUAAAUCGUACGAUUCGUUUUAAUCUUUCACCACCAAUAUCUUAUAAUCUUGAUGAUGAUGAUGAUGAUGAUGUUGGUGAUCAUGAUCAUCAACAAUUAUCUUCAACAACUUUAUUAGUGCCUUCAACAACAACAACAUCAUCAUCAACAGCAAAUGAUUCAAGUAAAUUAAUUUGA